AUGAAAAAGUAAGGAUGUAUAGAUAAGUCAAUUAAAACUGAAAUUGAAUAUUAAGGGAUAUAAAUUGGAGAUGCUGUUAUCAAUACUGUCUCCAACAUAUCAAAAUCUCUCUACAAAUAUUCAAAUUCUGGAUUAUGA